AUGUCCACCACGGGUGGCUUAUCUACACGCUACACACUCUCUACCUCCCGUUAUUUAACGGGCCGGACGACGGAGCUCGCCUUCGACGGGAAGACAACGCCGGCACGCCAUGUCACCGCCGGCGUCCCGCAAGGGUCCCCGCUAUCACCGAUCCUAUUUAUUCUCUUUACCUCAUCUCUCUACCAAGCCCUACGCCGCCACUACGGGAUUAUUACUAUCGGGUUCGCCGACGACACCAAUCUCCUCGCCAUUGGCCGCACGCCAGGCGUCUGCUGCCACUACCUACAGGAUGCGUGGACCACGGUCAAGGCGUGGGCACGGCCGAGAGGCGUUAUAUUCGAGCCGGCGAAGAGCGAGCUCCUCCACUUUUCCCGCACACACGCGGCCCCGACGACGACGCUUACGUUCGACCGGGAUACCGUCCUUAAGCCCCGACAGUCGGCCCGCUUCCUCGGUAUCUGGCUCGACAGGAAGCUCCUUUUCUCGGCACACCUCCGGUAA